AUGGGCGGCGCGGGCGGCGGGUGGUCGCGCGAGGCCCCCGCGCUGCUCAGCACGGCGCUGCUGCUGGGCGGUGCGAUGCCAGAGCGCCCACCGGCUCCACUCUUCACCAUUGAUAGCAUACUGGCACCACGUCCACAGCCAACUAUUCCACCUUUACAACUGCAUCAUUUGGCACAUUCGCCUUUUCACAGAGCACAUGAUUUCUUUGGAGUGAGUGGAGUCGGCAACGGUGUCUCCGGCGCUGGUAGCUACGGUAGCUUGUAUGGGGGGUAUGCUGCAGCCGCGCUAGCAGGUCUGGCCGGCCCUCCGCCAAAACGCAAGCGUCGUCACCGAACGAUAUUCACAGAAGAGCAACUCGAGCAAUUGGAGAGUACGUUUGACAAGACACAUUAUCCGGACGUCGUCCUACGAGAGCAGCUCGCCCUCAGAGUCGAUCUGAAAGAAGAAAGAGUCGAGGUAUGGUUUAAGAAUCGCCGUGCAAAAUGGCGCAAGCAGAAACGCGAGGAGCAAGAAAGACUCAGAAAAUUACAGGAGGAGCGAUCCUGUGGCCGAGCUCCUCUGCUCUCGAGACCGACAUUAUCACCUGCCCAUUCACCACCUGCACAGCUGCCGCCUGCACCUCCAACACCUCGCAUGUACACGGAUGAUUCUGAUUCAGAUUUGGAAGUGGCUUAA